AUGCCUGACGAGCGUAUAACGUUCCCUCAAAAGAAAGGCCAAGUCCCCUUUCGGCCUGCUUUAGAUCUUGCUGACGCAGUUUUUCUCCAUGCUCAGAGGAGAGUUGGGCUCCAGACGGACGGAGCGGAAUAUGCUCCCCUUGAGGCUGGCCUGCUUUUUGGUGAUGCGGAUGUAGACCCAAGGGUCCAGGAUCUGGUUCCAGGUUGCCAUUCUGACUCCGGUCACCAUCAGCUCGCUGUAGGUGUUUUCGUCCGGAGGGCUCCAGCAGAUGCAGGAGGUGACCAUAAUGCCGACCAGCUGGACCACCAUUUCCGUGUCGUGGGACCUUGCCGAGAAGCACUGGGAGCUGGACUUGUUCUUCAGCCGCGCCGCAACAAGUGUGAUCCCACUGAUGGUGUUGCACACAAAGGCCAGCGCCAGCGAGCUCAGAGCCAAUCCGGAGAAGAGUAUCGCAAAGGCCAAGUCUGUGGCUUUGGAGACCUCCAUGACUUUGAUGAAGCACCAGGUCCCCGGGUACUGCCGGGUGUACUCGCCCAGCUGAAAGCAGGGCAGGAGGGCCACGCACAGAGCCAGGAACCAGAUCAUGCUCAGGGCUAUUUUGGUCCGAGCCGUGGUCACCAGACGAGCGUGCAGCAGCGGUUUGGUGACCCCCAGGCAGCGUUCGGCGGCCAUGGCGCAUCCCAGGAAGAGCGGGCACAGCCCGAAAAACACCAUGCAGCCUCCCAGAAACUGACACAGGGCCUCUUGAUUGGUGGGGUCCUCCAGAUCGCCGGAGGUGAGGUUGCUCCUGGACCCGGCGCUGGUCGAGUACCUCCUCAUGACCAGAGCUCCGAGGACCACGUGUCCGGUCAGGUCGGUGGCCACCAGGGAGCUGGCGAAGAGCAGGAAAGUGGCCUUGGAGCGUUUGCGGAAGCGGUUGUAGGCUUUGACGAGGAUGACGAGGGCCACCACGUUGAAGAGGAUGCCCAGGGUCAUGUUGAGGCCCACGGCCGUGGGGUUCCGCUGAGCGGUGGCGUUACACGCCGCCGCCGCCGCGUCCACCAGUUCGGGACGCCGCUCCAUGUCGGUGCGGUUAGCAGGGGCGCCGGCGCCGGAGGAGUUGAGGGGCGCCACGGCCGACAUGACAGCUGA